AUGGGAGUUGUAAAGUGUGAGGCCUGGCGGAACCCGGGGGACGGGGAAGCUGAACCAUAUCUGUGGGACGUAAGCAAACUUGAGUACGUUUUGAGGCAGGCGGCGGCGCCAAAGGCCACAUUUGGAAAACAGCUUUGGUGUGUUCGGCUCAUUUUGCGUUGCAUCGAGAAAGCAAAGCCUCACGAGCGGGUUGAACUGCGACGAAAUUGCCACCUCGUACCGACGCUACAAUAUUUUCUUUCCCAGUCUGUAUCGACUCCAUCAGGAGUACGACUUCAUCAACGCACUCUUUCAGUGUAUCUUCAGCUGCUCGGAUGGGAUUUAGUGCUGGAUGAGUUGCUUCUGAUGGAUGUUAGCACGGUCAACGUAUUGGCGGCUGCACUCGGCGAUGAGGAGCACUUUGGGUUGAACUAUGUGGCUGUAUUGUUGGCGAGGCGUAUCUCAGAGCUUCCUCACGUGAGCUCCAUCCUUGUCUUCGAGGACCGCCUCUUCGAUGCGUUGCAAGAUCUCUUAGAAUUGCGACAGGUGUCACCUGUGGUGACACAACAUAUUCUCUAUCUUUUUGUCAAUCUCUCUGGACACCCCAAACUGCAUUUUAAACUCGCGAGGUCGCGGCGACUGGUGUUUUUUGCCAUUGAGACGCUUUUCCGUGUACUGAAGAUGGAGAUUGUUGAGCAGACAUCAAAAAAAAUGCAACGCGUGAUGAACUCCGUUACGUCGCCAGCUGACGAUCCCAGUGUGAUGUCACGAAGGCAACAAACUUUAGCCAUUACUCCUGAACUUUCUAGGGAGGUGGGAUGUACCUUGAAGCACAUAUCUACGGUUGUGUCGUGUACAAUGAUCAUAGCGAACCUCCUCUCAUUUUCUGAGAAUCGAACAUCAAUGUUGUCUCUCUUCCCGGAGAUUGUGUGUGCACUUGAGCUCUGUCUCUCACAAAAGGUGUCAGUCCGACUAUGGGAAGUGGCUCGUUGUGCGACGGAUUACUUGCACGAGGAUAAGACAAUGAUGGAGAUGCAACUACUGAUGCACCUUGAAUCCCCAAAGUUAGAGGAUAGGACCGUUACCAAUGGUGUAUGUAAGUAA